AUGUCAGAACCAAAAUCUUACAUCCAGGUUCUGUCACCAGAGCUACUGGGCAGAGUUUUCGACGCCUAUGCCCACAAACCCGACGAGGAGAAGCAUCUCAUAGGUCUUGAAACGACCUUAUUUUCGUCCUGCGAAAGCGGGUUUUAUGCCAACCCCGUCAUUCUGUCCCAUGUUUCCAAGAAUUGGCGUAACAUCUCCCUCGAUCGCCCAACUCUAUGGUCUACAAUGAUCAUGGUUCGGCCAAUCGCUUCGCACAUACCAAAAGUCGAAAACUGGCUAGAGCGCUCAAAGACCGCACCGUUGACGCUACAAAUAAUGCAGACUAUCCCAGACGACGACACUCCGAUCGAACCUCUCAGAGAAGAGAGGACAGCGGUCAAUACCAUCCUCGAGAUGCUGCUCAAACACAUCGAGAGAUGGGAGGCAAUUACGUUCUUCCUUUGCAUCGGAUUCCUGCCUGCCUUCGCCGAAUUUCCGCAGGGCAAGCUCGAUCAGCUGAAAUCGGCGACCUUGAACCUCGCGACCUGGAGUACGCACCCCCAGGUGGUGGACAGGGUGUUCCGAGCCAUACACGCAGCGCCGGAGCUCGAAUUCGUGAGCUGGUGCGCGUCGUUCUUCCAGACGGGCCUCCCGGACCACGUUCCGUGGCAGCAGCUCAAGCGCAUCGAGCUAGAUGUGAACGACAUCUCGGAGGAGCCAUCAAGCGUCGGCUACGUGCUGGACAUCCUCUCCAAGUGUCCUCAGCUGACAUCAGCGAAGUUCAUCCUCGGUUUCUGCAAGACUACCACACCUAAAGCUCUCAAUACACCUCUGAAUCUGCCAAAUCUUCGAUCCCUUGCCUUGGACGAGGCUUCGUCGCCCAACAUCGCUUACGUCCUCCAAAACCUCACCCUACCCUCUCUACACACGCUCAACCUAUCCCUCUUUUCCGACGAAGAACGAUCUUCCGCUAACCUUUUUAAAGCCGUCGGCAGCCUCGUCGGACGCUCCAAAAGCACCCUCAAAUACUUGGGGUUAGACAUAGAUGAUGAGCAGCUGCUCAAGCUCCUCCCUUUUGCCAAAGACGUUGAAGUCCUCCGGGUCGGCGGGGCCAAGACGAAGAAAUUCACGUCGCUCCUUACACGCAAUGCCAAUAACAAAAUAUCACUCGAGGUCCUUCCGAAGCUCGAGUACCUUCACCUCACCUAUGCCCAGGAUGCUAUGCGGCCGCACCGUAUUUCUGCAUCGACGGCUGCACUGAAUAGGAUGGUCGUAUUUCGCACGAGCCAGCCGCCUGCCACGCCAGGCUUGAAGAAGCUCAAGUUUAUUUCUGUCGGGACAGCUGCGAGCUCGUUCCAGACCGCCCACAUUACGCUUAUCUUGGGGACGUACUCACAUCUGAAUUUGAAGUCAGUGCGCUUUGAGGGGAAUUAG